AUGUCAGUUACUAUGAUUUUGCUCCAAACAAAUCAGAUACGAUGUUUAUGCUCUAAGCAUUUAAAGAAAAAUGCAGAUACAAUGAAUUCCAUAGUUAUAAAUUUUGGUGUUUUACUAAAAAAACACUCUUUUGUGAUAAUAGGGCCAGGGUGCUCAAUAGUGGCUUUUGCUAUUGAGUUAAUACACCAUAGUUGGGAUAUUAUUCCCAUGGAGGGUUUCAAGUAUAGUAGCUCGUCUUUAGCUACGGACAACUUGGUUAGAUAUGGUGUACAACCUAGGGUUUUGGAGAUAUUUGUUGACUUCUACCUAGUUGAUUUAGAAAAGGUGUGCGAGGUGUAUACAGAUAGAGCUUCAAUGUAUAUGAAUAAAGUGCUUAUGGUGUGGCAUGGAAGCUCCUCGUGUAAGUUUCAAAUUAUCAUAUUUUAG